CAUUAAAAAAGGUGCUUUCCUUAAUAAAAAAAAGGAUGCUACGCGAGCUUGCUCCAAUAUACGGGAAUUAGCACAGGCGUUUUUGCCUGCUCUGCCAACUUCUCGCUUGAGGAUCAGUCGUCUUCGCUUGUCAAAUGUCUGCACCUGUUGAAAUGCACUCCGAGCGCCCGCUCUUUGGCGGCGCCAUCUCUUCUUCUUUCCCAAGCCGCCUCCAGGACGUUAGUAAUGUACGCCAAGUUCCCGAUCAUCAGGAGGUGUUUGUAGACCCUGCCCGGGAUGAGAGUUUGAUUUUCGAGCUUCUGGAUUUCAAACCGGAUGUGGCUGAUGAUGCAAGCGCUACUUGGUUUCUUCAGGACCUUGCUAAUGAGCAAGAAGCCGAAGGAGGCACGUUAAUUGAGAAGUCAGAAGUGUUUGAGGUUCCUGGACUGCGCUUCAUGACCUUGCCUGCUAUCAUUUCUACUGCUGUUGGGCAAAUGGGCAUAUCCAAGGGAAGGCAAGGAAGGGAAGCACAAAACUUGGUCAAGGUUUAUUUGGCAAAUGUGCGCCUCAAGGAAGUAAAUACAGAUGUUCUGAUCACAGCAUAUGAGCCUAUCGUGAUCAACUCGUUGAGCGAAAGUGCAGGCGCCGUUGGGGCUGGUAUAGCUGUUGCUGCUGAGCAAGCUGGAUGCAUGCCAAUGUCUGAGGUCUUUAAACUCGCUGUUUCCAGCUUUAAAGUGUGUAACUGGGGACUUUUUAGUGCUGCUUGAUGUUGAAGGAGAAAAUCCUCUUGCCCUGGAGGAGGUAUUGCACUCUACAUAUCUGUUAGUAAUUUUUCUUAUAACACUAGUAUAUGCUGUUGCAGAAUGUUAGUGUUUUUAAGGGUUCAGAUUGGGCUGAAUAAUUAUAGAGAAUUAGAGUCUAGUUCUAUGUUCUUUUCUGGUUAGUGCACAUUCACUUUAAUAUAUUGAUUUUUUUGUG